AUUUUUGUGGGUAGUAUUCAAUAGUUAGUCAAAAUGUCUAUUGACUGCAACAAUUUUGUUAAAUUGUGUUCUGGCGAACUUUGUAAUUUGACCCUUGUAGCAUAUAUAUCAGGAUGUAUAGGUUUGAUAUGGAGAAUAGUAAUCAUGGGAAUGAUUUCAAAAUCAAUAUCUACACAUACUGUUUAUGACGUAUACGCAUUCUACGUUUUUUAUUGUAUUGCUUUAACAUAUAUCUUAGUGUCAAUAGUAUUAAAUGGAUGUUUUGUAUGGGGAAUCUACAAGAGAAGAAAAUGUUUUGUAUUAGGAUACAUAAUAGUUUUAGCCACUGAAAUGACAAUCGGAGUUAUAGGUGUAUCAGCGAUAGUCAUGCUAUUAUUUGCAGUUUCAGUAGUUGGAUAUGGAUUUUUGUUCAUAUUUGUUACGGCUAUAUCUAUAGCCAUUGCCUUCCUAAUUUGGCUACACCAUGUUCUCUUGUACAAGGAUUUUGAAGAGGUGGACAGUUUCAGACCAAAUGGAGAAAGAAAUAUGUCUCUGUCAGAAUGAGGAAAAUGCAUGUUUUUAAAUAAUGGUUUUAAAAAAUAGUUCAUAUAAUUACAAACUGAACAAAAAAAAUCGUUGAAAUCGGUUAAGAAAUGCCUCUAAUAUAAAAUAAUUAAAUAUUGUUAAUUUAAAUGGCCGGGCAAACGCUCUCUACCGCGCCUUGCCGCUGUGACGUCACCCGCCGUUCUUCUGGUUGAGUGGAGCCAGACGCUUGUU